UAUGUAGGUGUUUCCAAGUGAAGUGGACAGAGGCGCCAGAGCGUUGGCAACAGGCAAACGAAAAAUAGUUUACUGUGCUUUAAGCUGUGUUUUGACAUUAGCGUUUGGCUGCAGACACACCGGUGAGUCAUGGCAGCGCAGGUGCAGUUGGUGGCGGCGGCGUUAGUCACUCUCCUGCUGGCGACGGGGGAGGUGACGGCCUCGGAGGCGACCGUCAGCCUGAAGGACAAUGGAUACGAGGGCGUCCUGGUGGCCAUCUCGCCCUCGGUGGAGGAGGCCUACGCAGAGGAUAUCAUCGCUUCGAUCAAGAAGACGAUCAGCGACGCCUCUGAGGUGCUGUUCAAGGCUACUCAGAAGAGGGCCUUCUUCAGGGACGUCAAGAUCCUCCUGCCGAAGUCCUGGACGAAGACGCCCUAUGACGCGGUCGCCCUCAACGAGAACUUCGACGAGAGCGACAUCAGAGUAGACGCGCCCAAGGGGGUGUACGGCAACCAGCCCUACACAGAGCAGCCGGGAGGUUGUGGCGACCCUGGGCUGUACAUGCACCUCACUCCCGAAUACCUGGUCAAUGACAAGGAGGCAGACGUCUGGGGACCGAGAAGCAAGACUUUGGUUCACGAGUGGGCGAAGUUACGUUGGGGUGUGUUCGACGAGUUUGGAUAUCCGAAUGAUGAGAUGUAUCCACUCUUCUAUGCGACCCAGAACAUAGUUGAAGGCAAUGUCGAAACCAUAGUCCAUCCAAAUUACUGUGCCAACGAAGUACUUUCGGGAAAGCUUAGAGACAUCACGGGGUCUGAGUGCUCGUACGUCGACGAUCUUCCAGACAAGAACUGCCGCUUCAUUCCUGACGAAGACCAAGUCGCCGUCUCUUCGCUGAUGUCCCUCUACUACAUCGCAAACGUCGAGGAGUUCUGCGGUGAAUCGAAGCGCCACAACCUGCGGGCACCGACCAAGCAAAACAACAAAUGUGACCACCGCUCCGUCUGGGCGGUCAUAGAGACACAUUCCGAUUUCAAAGGCAACAACAACCCACCAACCUCGACCUCUUCGCCGACCAAAUUCACCGUGCUGCGUCAGGAGGCGGCUAAAUUCGCUCUGGUCCUCGACUACUCCUACAGCAUGAGGGACUACGACAGGAUUAAGAAGCUCCAGACGACGGCUAGGCGCUGGAUCCUUCACGAGGUGGCUGACGGCAGCUCCGUGGGCAUCAUCAAGUUCGGAGGGACUGCAAAUGUAGAAGCUCCUCUCACCAUGAUAGAAGGCGAAGAGUCCCGGAAGAUGCUCGCCGACAUUAUAGACACCAAGUUGAGGAAGGCCACCAGCAUAGGAGCAGGACUGUCCCGCGCCAUGAACGAUAUGCUGAAUGGAGAAAAGAACGCAGUGAUUUUGCUCAUUACUGAUGGAGAAGAAAACACAUAUCCUUACAUUCGCGACAUUCAGGCCCAGUUGGUGGCAUCUGGCAUCCGAGUUGUUACUAUCGCUUUCGGUGAAACAGCAGACCAGCAACUGGAGAGCAUUGCCCAGCAGACAGAUGGGAAAACAUACACAGUAUUUGACUCAGACAGCGGAAGCCAACUCCUCGAUGCCUUCCUCGGAGCGCUCACGUACCAGCCCGGAGACACGUUGGCUGAUACCAGAGUCAAGAUACACGAGUAUCCUUACGCCGGAACAGAGAAGCAAUUAAGGAUGGAAUUCCCUGUCGAUGCCUCGGUGGGGCGCGACAUGCUCUUCCAACUGAGGACAAGCGCCGUGAAGCACACCGUGUCUGCCCCAUACCUGAUACGGCCUGAUGGAACCCUUGUAGAAACGGCGACCUUUGACUCUCUUAUCGAGAGUUGGACCAUAAAAGUGCCCUUAGCUGAGGCCGGAAUAUGGACGUGGAUAGCCGAUCUGUCAGGCGACGAGAACUAUUACAUCCAAGUAGACAUUACGGCCAAGGCAAGGAACCCAGACAGCCUCCCUAUCAUCACUCGUGCUUGGGCAAGUUCCGGACCAAGUGGUGUCGAUGCAACUGUUUCUCCAGUCAUUGUAUAUGCAGAGGUGAAACAGGGCAGCAACCCUGUUGUUGGUGCAACAGUCAGGGCGUACAUCAGCCACACGAGCACUCCAGACGAGGCGAUCGAGCUGGACCUCCUGGACAAUGGACAGGGCGCCGACUCCCAGGCUGGCGACGGCACUUACUCCCGCUAUCUCACGCAGUACCCUUUCACUGGCAGAUAUAUUGUCAGGGCUCAGGCAUGGAACAACGGCAGCGCCUUCAUCAACAGCGGGUUCACAGUCAACCGAGCACCUCAACGACGUCACGCUAGAUCUGUCCCGGCAAAGCCCCUUGAGAUGCAGACGUACUGCUGCGGUUCCAAAGUCCCCUUCAACGCGGAGACAGCGGAGUCUGCCGGGGAGUUCAGCCGCUACGUGGCAGCCGGAUCCAUCCAGGUGACUAAAAUCCCGGAAACUGGAGAUGUUCUGCCGCCCUCUCGUGUCACGGACCUGCAGGUGGGCGGGGUCUACCAAGCCAACCUGACCCUCACCUGGACGGCUACUGGCGAUGACCUUGAUUACGGAAUAGUGUCCGCCUACGAGAUUCGCUUCAGCAGCAACGACAGCGACAUCGUUGACCUCGAUGCCGAGAACACGACGCUUCUGACCUUCGAGGAUUCAAAGCAAAAGCCAGAGCUGUUCAUCAACGCCGGUGAGACGGUGAACGUUACGCUGUACUUAGAAGAUUUUGAGGUUGGGAAGCUCUACUACCUGGUGCUACGGGCGGCAGACGAUGUGGGGAAGCUGAGCUCCUUCUCGAACGUGGCCACCGUCUUCAUACCGAACGAGCCGACGGCAGAGCCGACGGCAGAAGGGCUUGCAACCUGGAUGAUCAUCGCCAUUGCCAUUGCAGCUCUCGUCGUCGUGAUUGCGGUCAUUGCAUGCGUGGCUGCCUCCCGUAGUAGACGAAAGGGUGCGAGAGUUCCCUCGGAGAACCCAGACUGGUGAUUUUCAUUUUAUAUUGCUUAGAUAAUUUAUUAAUUGAUUUAUUAUUAUUAUUAUUAUCAUUAUUAUUAUUAUUAUUAUUAUUAUUAUUAUUAUUAUUAUUACUACUACUACUACUACUGCUACUAUUACUACCUCUACUUCCACUACUACUACUAUUAUUAUUAUCAUUAUAGUUAUCUUUAUCGUUAUUCUUAUCAUUAUUAUUAUUAUCACUAUCGUUACUACUACCACUACUACCAUUUUCUAUUAUUUUAAUCACAACCGUAUCAUUCUCAUUCUUAUCAAUAAUGCUCUUGGUAGGAUCAAUACUUGUAUGUUUGUUUUAAGGCAUUUUGUCAUUUUUUCGGGGGGAGGGGAAGGGGGCCGCUGAGUGAAUGAAUUUUUUAUAUGCUUCUUGUCAUGUUUGAUUUCCUUGUGUGAAUGCGAUUAUUUAAACCCGGAAGUUAGAAGAAAUAUAUAUGUUUAUUGUGAAUCUUAUUUCUCCCAUAGGAGUUUUUUCUUCUGGCUGAUAAGUCAUGAGAUAGGUUUAGUUUAAGUGUCAUAUGGUAAUGUACAUGUAAUUUGCAUGCCUUGUCUUGCAACAUGUAAUAACGGAGCUGUAAUAUAUAUUUUUACACCGGAAAUUGAGUUCAACCAAUAUGAAUAAAAUAAUAAAUUGAAAAU